AAGAGCAAAAAUAAUUAUCCUUCAAAUAUUUGUGUUAGAAACAACACAAAUUAUUGUGUUAGAAACAAGCUUUUCUAUUGUUGAUGGUUAGGGAGGCUCUGUGGCUUGGCAUUGUCAUCUUGCCGGCUUUCAAAGGACGUGUUAUUACUUUUAGUGAAUGCGCCAAUUAAAUUCCUUCCACACUGCAUCAAGAACUGUUGCGGAAACUUAGUAGGUCUAAAGGCUGACCACCCCUUUUCUUUAGCUUGCCUGAGUAGUUGAAUAGAUUGGUAAUUGCAACAAGUAUUCCUUGAGUGAUACUUAUAUGCAUAGUGUUAUACCAAGUGUUGCGUGAAUGUUUUACAAAAGAGGAAUAAAUGGGUAUUCCCACUGCAGUAAACUGGGUUAGAAUAAGUUUUUUAGUUUUAUAAUUUUUAAACCCAGGUGUAUACUGUGUACACAACCAUCCUCUCUUUUUCUUCUUUGUUCCCAUCGUAGAGUUCACCCAUGGCUUACCCGGGGCCCAUUGCCACGCCACACCUCUCUUUUCUUAGGUAGGAUCUUGGCAGAUCACUGUAUUUCCCUACUUCCCCUUCCCCCCUACAACCUGGAGAUGAGGCCAUUAUAAUGUCUUAUGUUAUAUGAUACUUUACAGUUUAUGGAGUAGGUCAACUAUAAGGUCUUCUUUAGAUCUUAACUAACCUUGGAAGGAGGGAGGACAGAUGGUAUUUAUUUCCCCCAUUUUGUAGAUGAGGAAAGUGAAGCAAGAGACGGAGUAACUUGCAAGAGGUCAUAGGACUGGUGUGUGGCCAAUUCAGGCCUGACUACCCACACAGCUUCCUUUCUGCCACAUCGGCACAAAAUAAACAUGUUCCAGUAUCUAUACUCAUGGAGGGAAGAAGUAAAAUUAAUAAAUAUUAUGCAGUGAGUGAAAUCCAUAUCCCAAUUUUAUUUGAUUUUUCUUAAAGGUGGCCUGAAUUUCUCAUGUUGAUGUCAGCGUCACUUGGGGCAUCUACAAUCAUAUGCUUUGGUGCCAGACAGACGAUGAUUUGAAUCUGCCACUAGUAAGUGGCCCACUAAUAAGCUGUGUGAUCUUGGGCAGGGUGCUGAAUCUUUCUAAAACUCAGUUAUCUAUCAUACAUAAAAUAAGGAUGAUACUCUUAUAUUAUAAUGUUCCUGUGAUGAUUAUAUGGGUUAUUGUAUAUAAAGUGCUUGGUACAUAGUAGCUCACAAGGUGGUGGUUGUUAUUUUUGUUAAUAUUAGUCCAGAUAUUGCACCAUAUGAUCACACCCCAAAUAUGGAAAGUUCAAUGAGUGGUGGGAAUAAAACAUGGCUGGAAGCUCUUCAGGGGCCACAAUCCCUUCUGGACCAAUCAGAAGGCCUUCUACAUCAGUAUCCUUCUUACUACCCUCCCUUCCUUUUUUUUUCAGCAGGAGGCUACAGAUGAGAAGUAGCAUAGCUUCUGGGGACCUCUGGCAUCUGUUCAGCUUAAUAUUGUAUCCUGAAUAUAGAAGACAUUCAAUAAAUAUGUUUAUUUAGUUAUUGGAUAAUAAUGAAUGAAUGGUUAAAUAAUGAAUGAAUCCUCUGGGAUGUAUAUAUUGAUUCCUUACUUCCUUGCUAAUACUCAGUACUGUCAGAAUUUUUUGAUGCGUAUGAAGUGGUACUGCAUGGUGCUUUUAUAUUGAAUUUCCCUGACGAAUAAUGAAGCUGGAGAUCUUUUCACAUGAAUAUUGGCCAUGUGUGACCAAGACAUGUGUGAACGCCUGUUUAUGUUUUUUUUUUUUUUUGGUGGUUCAUGUUUUUUUUUAAAUCUGCUCAUAGGAGUUCUUGAAAUCUUCUGGAUACCAAUGAUUUACCUGUUUAUAUGUCCAAGCAACUUAAAAAAAUCUACUAACCAUGCAAGCUGUUCUAAAUGAACAAGCUGUGUCCAGUAGAAAUUAAGCCCCUAAAUUGCUUCCAGCUUUUGCAGAGAACCAGAUUUACGUCAAAUAUCAAAGCUUUAGGUUAUAGAGAAGGGAGCGGAUGGUUGGUGGAAGUAUUUUGUGAGCAGUAGGCUUUCCUAGUCCUUGAAAUGAUGGUAGAAAACCAGUCCUGAGCUCUUCCCCCCAGAAAUAGCCUCCUGCAAACGCUGGUGGGCUGAAGUGCCCUUUCCUGAACUGCAGUUAUUCCCUCGGAAGACACAGGUUGGACCUGGAGUCAGUCUCUAUCCGCAGAUAGUGCUUUCCAGGACGAGUUACCUGGAGGAAAGGACAGAACACUUGUCAGGUGACCUGUGGUUUAUUCUUACUGCCAUUUUCUGGCCAUAUGUCCCUAAAAACAAAUCACAUUGAAUGGAGAUAAUGGUCACUACCUAGGGAUAUUGGAAAGAUCAAAUGAUAUCAUAACUAUGAAAGGACCAUAUAAAUGCAAAAUAUAUUUGCUAGGCUCUGUGAAGUAGCCAACCCUAUGCCGGAGUGGGACCUAUACCCUUUAGGCCCCAUACCUUCUCCUACCCUCUCUUCUGCAUACAGGUGCCUGAUUGUAGAGUAGUAGUUCUCAAGGGUUGUCUCCAGACCAGCAGCAACAGGGUCUCCUGGAACUUGCUAGAAAUGCAAAUUCUUGGAGCCCACCUCAGAGCUACCAAAGCAGAGACUCUGGAGGUGGGACCCAGCAACCUGUGCUUUACCAAGCCCUGCAGUAAUUCUGGUGUGUGCUAACCUUUGAGAACCGUUGGCCUAGUGGGAUGUGCAAAGGCUUUAAAGACAGUGAAUGGGGGUUUUUCAGUCUUAACUCUCCCAUUUGCCAGCUUGUGCGAUGAGCAGUUUACUAAGCUCUUGGGCUUCCAAGCUCUCAUCAAUAGAAGCAAGAUGAUGUCACUUCCGUCACAGGGGUGUUGUGAGAAGUAAAUGACAGGCAGUAUCCUGGCUCUGCUACUUUUUUGUUAUGUGUCCUUUGGCAAGUCUCCUUUCUUCUUUCUGCCUCAUCUUUCUCAUCUAAAAAAAACGGACUGGCAAGCGUUAACGUGCACGCAUUGCUUACCGUGUGCCAGCCGUGGUCCUAAACCUGUGAAUAUUUUAAUUUUAUUUAAUUCUUACAAUAACCCUGUUUUACAGUCUCUAUUUUAUGAACGAGAAAACCGAAACACAAAGAGGAUAAGUAACGUUUCCAAAGUUACACAACUAGUAAGCUGGGAUCCAAACCCAGGCAGUGUGCUGUGAAAGUCCUCGCUCUAAAGGCCAUGCUUGGCAAAUAAGUUCUUUAAAAGGAUGGUGAUGAUGAUAAGAAGAUUUCCUUGCACACAGUGGGUACUCCAUGUAUUAAUUCUCUUCCCCUUGCCUUGUGGCUUGGCUUCAUCGGAGCACACCCAGCUUUUCUUAUAGUCAUGCUGCCCUUCUCUGCGGUGACCCUAAUCACAAAGCCCCAUCCCCUCCCCAGCCCCCAGUCAGCAGUUUUCUCACUCCAGUUCAUCUCGCUUACGGCCACUUGGAUGCUCUGAGCAAACCAGACAGGCGUGGCUGGGGGAAGACCGAAUGUGGUGGUGCAGGUGAAGUCAUUCUCCUGUCACCCCACCCUGGCAUGUUUUGGAAAUGAAUGACUAAUCCAGAAGAGAGGGUCCAGGCAAGUUACCGAAAGAUCAUUGGGUCUGCCCAAUUUGAGAAAUAUCCUCCCAGUCUCUUUUGCUCUCAGAUUUCCAAGGGAAUAUAAAAGCCUUUUUUGCUGAGUUUUUCUUCGGAGUAAAAUAUACAGCUGGGAAGUUGAACCCACAAUGUUAACAGCAGCGUUUUUUUCUUUCAUUUUUGUUUUGCUAGGACAAUGAAGAGCCUUAUUCUCUUUCAAUUCAGGGUGUCACUCAUUGUUCUUGAAAAUUCUCUUUGGUUUUGCUCUCAAGAUGGCCUCCCUUGCUGGGCAUGACUCACCGGUCUAAUGACUCAGAAGUGGCAUCCAACAAGACAAGGACUGUGCAGAGCUGUGAAGGGACUUGUGGCCAGUGGAGCCUGCCUGAAGCUUUCCCUAAACCCGGUUAUUGAGAUGGAGCAUCAUUUCCAUUAAUGGAUGUUUAUAAUGGUUGUUGGUACCAGUUUAUUGGAAGCAUGAGGCAGUGCCUUGUUCUGGAAGGCUCCAAGGCUUGAGUCUAUCCUUGUCCCUCAGCUGGGUGUGGCCUUGAGGUUUACUGUGGGCAAGACAAGGCUUCUAAGAAUUUACCUGACCCUGCUUGGAAUGGCCACAAAAUCAGCCAGCGUACGGCUUCUGUAAAAUUUGUAUCAGGGAAAAUAAAGGCUCUUCUUAUCUGAAGAGGACUUCAAAUCUCUUUCAACUUAAUUUAAAAAAAUCUAUUAAGGAUGAAUAGAAAGAUGAACAUCUAUGUGACAGAACAAAUUUAGCAAAAUGUACUUGAAGAUGUUUGCCAUGCAAUUCUUCCAACUCUCUGUAUUUUGAAACUUUUCAAAAUACAGUGUUGAGUAAAAUGCAGGUAACCCUAGAAAUGAUCAUACUCUUGUAAAAAAAUUGCUUCCUUGUUAACAUAAAUGGCAGGCUCUCUCCCACUUCCCCACUCCUCCCAGACUUUGUCUUUUUUUCCUGGGGAGCCUGCUUGAUGAAAAACGGCCUGGAGUGAGCCUGGCAGGGGGUGAGCUAAUCCUUUACACCAGGGCUUUAUCUUCUUCCUGAUAUGUAAUUCUCACAAUAGCCAUAUAAACUAGUUAUUAUUUUCUGCAUUUUAUGAGGAAACUGAGGUGCAGAGGGGUACAUUUGAUCCAGGUCAGUAGGUGAUAAUAUUAGUCUUACAGCAUUUAUGGAGCCCUCCCUUUAUGUGUCAGCCUUUGUGCUGUGUCCUUUACAUGCAUUAACUCAUUUGAGCCUCAUCCUACCCUAGGAGGUAGGUGCCUUCAGUAUCUUCAUCUUACACAUCGGGAAAUGGAGACUUAGAGAGGUGCAGGAACGUAUCCCAGCUUACUCUAGGAGCCAGGAAAUGGCAGAGCCCAUGUUUGAACCUGGUCUCUCCUGCUUUAUAGCCCUUGCCCUACUAUUCAGACCCAGUCCUCGGCCUAACUCAGUAAAUCAGCAUAUGUUGUAGAAACCUCUUGUUCUGAGACCACAAGCUCUUUGAGGACAGAAUGUUUUGUUCAGCACUGUGUCAUUCUCAGUCUUCAGAGCAGUGUCUGGCAUAAUGAAUAUUUAUUGGAUGAAAGAGUACACGGAUGGUGUCUUCUCAUCACCCCCUCCUUCACCCUAUCUGCCCCUAAAGGUGCUCCUAACUGGGUACGUUUUGGCUGCCCUGGCCUUGGUCCUUGGAGAUGGAGAUGCCCAUAUCUUUGAUGUGGUUUAUGGGCCAACAUGCCUCAUUUGGUGGCCAGUGAAGAGUUCCAAUGAAGGCAGAUUUUCCUCAUUGGCCUUAAGUUGUCAAGGAUGCAUAAGGAUAUUAUCCACUGUCAAGGAAAGAUGGGAACAAAACCAAAAUAAAAUUUCCCCAAACUUUAAGGGAGUCUUUAAAUUGUGGCGGCUAGAAAUCAACUCCAGGACCCCUAGUGGCCACGACAGGCUUUCCCUCUAUAGCUGUAUUUGACUCUCGGGCUGCCAUAGUGAGCAGGUAAACACUAGCAAUUUGUUCUCUUAAUGUGCCCAAGUAUGUUGAUAAUUAUACUUUACACUUAUGUAGAACUUAGUUUACAAAGUACCACCUGUUCUCCCUUUUGAUCUUCUGAACAGCCUGGACCACGCACAGGGCAUGGAUGAUUAGCCCCACUUUACAGAUGAGGAAACUGGUGCCAGAGAGGUUCAAUCACCUGCUGUUCACCACUCAGGUAAUAGUGGUAGAGAUAGGUCUUCAACCCUCUUUUCUCACCUCCUACUCUGGCAAAUUUUCCUUUUCAAUAUUGUACUUAACCCAGCAAUUUCUGGGGAUGAGCGCAGGUUGGUGCAUUUCUUUUUGUUGCUCUUCUUCCAUCUUGGAGGUGAGUGAGGUCCUGGAUUGGGUCAGUUAAUCAUUCUGGAUGUCAGUUUACCAGUCUGUAUAUUGGGGAAUAAACACUACCCAUCAGUGAGUGCACUUGGAGCAGAGGAAGUUGUGAGGGUUUGGAACUCAAAAAACAAUUUCUAAGUGAAGAUGUUUGGAAGGGACUGUGAUGACGGAUUCAUUUUCUGUAAAACAAGUUAAAUGGCACCUCCCCUGGCCACACUAUCUAAAAUGGCAGCUCUGUUACCUCAUUAUCAUGCUUCAUUCUUCUUCACAGCAUUUACUGCCACUUAUUGUAUGUUUAUAUUUGUUUGUUUAUGGCCUGUCUGAAUCCUCCCACCCAAAUGUGAUAGCCACGAGAGCAGGGACUUGGUCUGCUUCCUGCACUCUUGAAUUGCUAACAGGUGGAGUUGUGCCUGGCACAAAUAACCGUUGUUGAGUGAAUGAAUGAAAGAAUGAAUCUGAGGUAUGUAAUGAUUGAAAGUAAGUUUGCAUUGGAUGAUUGAAAGAUUUGCUUGAGUAUUCCUUGCUGUCUAACAGAGAUGGGGUUUGGUCUGGCUUCCAUAGAUCCAUUUCUGUCUCAGCCAUCCAGUGGCUUAAGACCAAUCACUAAAGCCUUGAGUACCAACUUACACCUGGGUGAACUGGGUUCAAUAACCCAGGUCCAUUCAGCAGACAUAGGUCAUUGGAUGGCACUGUAUGCCUCUGCAUUGUAACAGCCGGUGAGUGGCUUGAGGACUGGGGUUGGUUCCCAUCACUGUUCUGUCCGCAGUACUCAGCAUAGAGCCUGGUCCACAGAGAGGUAAAAGAAGUGUUUGCUUAAUGAAUGAAUAUGUAAGAGGAAACAAGCACAGGGCUCUUAAUCCCCCUCCAAAGUGAAGGUCUCCAUUUGAGAAUAAGCUUGGUGCACGGCACACGUGGUCCUCUUUCAACUUGAAUCAAAUCUCUCCAGAGACAAGGAGGCACUAAACAGUUGAUUCCCUAACCUACUGCGAGGAAAGGCAAGCCUAGGCUCCAGAUCCAGUUCCAUGCCAUGUUUUGGAAUUUGUGUUUACGUCUGUCUUCAUUCCCCAUCCUUUCUGCUCCAGCAUAAGCAAAAUUAUAACCCCUGCACACUGACUUGCAUGCAAUUAUCAGAGCCCGGUGCUCCUCGGCUGAGGGACUUCUCCCCCAAGACCGCUGACUGAAUGACAAAUCCAAAGUCAGGGUUGCAGAACCAGCCAGACUUUCCUGCUCCUUUGCAGCAGAGGGAGGAAGGAGAGAAUGAAAGAUUCUGAAAAUAAAGGUGCCUCGUCUCCAGACAUGGAGCCCAGCUAUGGGGGAGGUCUCUUUGACAUGGUGAAAGGAGGUGCAGGGAGGCUCUUUAGUAACCUAAAGGACAACUUGAAAGACACCCUCAAAGACACGUCUUCCAGAGUUAUACAAUCUGUUACCAGCUACACGAAGGGAGAUUUAGACUUCACUUAUGUUACCUCCAGAAUUAUUGUGAUGUCCUUUCCUCUGGACAGUGUUGACAUAGGAUUCAGAAAUCAGGUUGAUGACAUUCGAAGCUUUUUGGAUUCCAGACAUCUUGACCACUACACGGUGUACAAUCUGUCGCCCAAGUCUUAUCGAACUGCCAAGUUUCAUAGCAGGGUCUCAGAAUGCAGUUGGCCCAUCAGGCAGGCCCCCAGUCUGCACAACCUCUUUGCUGUGUGUCGGAAUAUGUAUAACUGGCUACUUCAGAAUCCCAAAAACGUCUGUGUUGUCCAUUGCUUGGAUGGACGGGCAGCAUCAUCAAUUCUGGUUGGUGCUAUGUUCAUUUUCUGUAAUCUCUACUCUACUCCUGGCCCAGCUGUUCGAUUACUCUACGCAAAGCGACCAGGAAUCGGACUUUCGCCAUCCCACAGGAGGUACCUGGGCUACAUGUGUGACCUCCUAGCAGACAAACCCUACCGCCCUCACUUCAAGCCUCUCACUAUUAAGUCGAUCACUGUCAGUCCAGUUCCUUUUUUCAACAAACAGAGAAAUGGAUGUCGCCCUUACUGUGAUGUACUGAUUGGAGAAACCAAAAUAUAUACAACUUGUGCAGAUUUUGAACGAAUGAAAGAGUACCGUGUCCAAGAUGGAAAAAUCUUCAUUCCCUUGAGCAUCACUGUGCAAGGAGAUGUGGUUGUUUCCAUGUAUCACUUGAGGUCAACCAUUGGAAGCCGGCUACAGGCUAAGGUGACCAACACUCAGAUAUUCCAGCUUCAGUUUCAUACUGGAUUCAUUCCACUGGACACAACAGUUUUAAAGUUCACCAAGCCCGAGUUGGAUGCAUGUGAUGUACCAGAAAAAUAUCCUCAGCUAUUUCAGGUGACUCUGGAUGUAGAACUACAGCCCCAUGACAAAGUGAUAGACUUAACCCCCCCAUGGGAACAUUACUGCACAAAAGAUGUCAACCCCAGCAUCCUCUUCUCUUCUCACCAGGAGCAUCAAGAUACUCUGGUCUUAGGAGGACAGGCUCCAAUAGACAUCCCUCCAGACAACCCCAGACAUUUUGGGCAAGGUGGCUUCUUUUCCACUCUCUGUUGGCAAGAUCAGAAAUCGGAGAAAUCAUUCUGUGAGGAGGACCACGCUGCCCUAGUGAAUCAGGAAAGUGAGCAGUCGGAUGAUGAACUUCUGACCCUUUCCAGCCCACAUGGCAAUGCCAAUGGCGACAAACCUCAUGGAGCCAGGAAGCCCAGCAAAAAGCAGCAGGAGCCGGCUGCCCCUCCACCCACUGAGGACGUGGACCUUCUGGGUCUAGAAGGGUCUGCAGUGAGUAAGAACUUCUCUUCACCGGCGGCUCCUCCCACCAAUUCCGAACUUCUGAGUGACCUGUUUGGGGGUGGAGGUGCAGCCGGCCCUGCCCGCGCCGGACAGUCAGGGGUGGACGACGUGUUUCAUCCGAGUGGACCUACAUCUACCCAGUCAACACCGCGCCGGUCCACCGCCUCCACCUCUGCGUCUCCAACACUGAGAGUAGGAGAAGGUGCCACCUUUGACCCAUUUGGAGCACCUGCUAAACCAUCAGGUCAGGAUUUGCUGGGUUCUUUUCUGAAUACAGCCAGUGCUUCCAGUGACCCCUUUCUUCAGCCUACAAGAAGCCCUUCACCUACAGUGCAUGCUUCUAGUACACCUGCUGUGAACAUUCAGCCAGAUGUUUCAGGAGGUUGGGACUGGCAUACUAAACCAGGAGGUUUUGGAAUGGGAAGCAAGUCAGCUGCCACCAGCCCAACAGGCUCGUUGCAUGGUACUCCCACCCAUCAAAACAAACCCCGGACUCUGGAUCCUUUUGCCGACCUUGGGACAUUAGGUGGUUCUUCAUUUGCCAGCAAACCCUCCACACCAACUGGAUUGGGUGGAGGAUUUCCACCUCUCAGCUCGCCACAGAAAGCAUCUCCCCAGCCUAUGGGUGGAGGGUGGCAGCAGGGAAGUGGCUACAGCUGGCAGCAGACACAGUCUAAGCCACAGUCCAGCAUGCCCCACUCCUCUCCGCAGAACCGACCCAACUACAACGUGAGCUUCUCAUCUGUGCCUGGGGGCCAGAACGAACGUGGGAAAGGAGCAGCUAACUUGGAAGGGAAACAAAAAGCAGCUGACUUUGAAGACCUACUCUCUGGUCAAGGUUUUAAUGCUCACAAAGACAAAAAGGGCCCUCGAACAAUAGCUGAGAUGAGAAAGGAGGAAAUGGCUAAGGAGAUGGAUCCUGAGAAAUUAAAGAUUCUGGAAUGGAUUGAAGGCAAAGAGAGAAAUAUCAGAGCCCUUCUGUCCACGAUGCAUACCAUGCUGUGGGCUGGGGAGACUAAGUGGAAACCAGUUGGCAUGGCAGACCUGGUCACACCAGAGCAGGUGAAGAAGGUGUACAGGAAGGCUGUGCUGGUGGUACAUCCAGAUAAAGCUACUGGGCAACCUUAUGAACAAUAUGCAAAGAUGAUUUUCAUGGAGCUCAAUGAUGCCUGGUCUGAAUUUGAAAAUCAAGGCCAAAAGCCCUUGUAUUAAUGUAUGAGCUUUUCCCUGCAGACCUGUGCUAAUGCUAAUGCUUAGUGUGUGUCACAGUUCUGAGGUUUUCACAGGUGAACCAAAAAACUCCAGCAACGUGUAUCCAGUACUUAACUGUUAAGUUACUCGUAAAUUAAUUCCUCAUUGAUAAGGAAUGUGGAUGUUUGUUUUCUCAGAUCCCCCCCAUAAAAGGUCCAAAGCAGGAGAGGAACUUUUAGUCCCAUGAGCUUGCAGAGUUUUACAGCAUUCCAGCCUGCCCUUUGGGGAGCCUACUCAGCGUUUUGUGGGGGAAUGGAAAAUAGAGGCCACCAAAGGCAUAGCAUCCAUCUCAAUGUCUGAGGAUAGGACGAUGAACAAAAGUUCUAAUAAUAAGAUUACAUGGUGGACUUAAAUGGUUUUCAUAUUUUCUUGGAAAGAUAUGGUUUGAGCAAUGGCUUUACAUAGACUCCAGGAACACAAGCACCAAGUAUCUUUUUCAGUGGAAAUUUACUAUGGUCUCUAGCAUAAUACUGUAUACUCCUUUUGGUCAAGAGGACUGACAGAUGUAAAAGAACCUGAAUUAUGUGAGAAGUGAUUAUAUUAUAAUCCAGUGAUUACUACCAGCGCUUCCUGGAUAAGCUAAAAUUUCGUGAAAAUGCUGGCUAAAGAAAAAUAGGGACUCUGAGAGUGUAGAAAUCUGUAUUCCUGGUCAGAAAGUUGGGCUGCUACCUUCUUUUCCCUUUAGAAAACUGGAUGCUUGAACAAAAAGUCUUAAUACCAUAACAACAACCUGAUUGGAAAGAAACUUCUAAUUUUGCCAUUAGGCUUAAUGCUUUUCCUUUUGCUUAGCAGAGAAAAUGCUCUUUGCUGGGAGCAGGUUGUGAAGCAGUUUGGCGCAUUCACAGUCGAUCAGGAAGGAUGUGUAGUAUGGACCCCCUUGUCCUCCGGGUUUGUGAGUAGCUGUGGGAAGAGAAUAGACGACAACACUAACCACUAGUAACCAGACAGGGGCAGUUGCAGAGAGAGAGCCAAGCUCCCUUCAGACUGAGUCCGAUGGCUUGUCAGGACUGGCUUUUUGAGGAACCAGGUUCCUUUUCCCACCUGAUGAAAUUGGACCCCUUGGAUUAUUACAGUGGGGUUUAUUGUUUGAAAAGUUGCUGGGGGUCCACAGGAACAACAGUCACACAGGGACAUCUGUGAAAGUAAAGCAAGGCUGAAACCUUUGCAGACUUCAGACUGGUUGGAUUUCAGUUCAGUGUUUUGGCUGUUUCUCAUUUUAAGGGGCAAGCGGUUGUUGUUAUCCUGUGACUUUAGUAGAUCUCUUUGGGUGUGCACACACACAGUGUGCAGAGGAUAUAUAUGCAAAGCAGAUGGCAAAAAAGAUCUCCAUUCUAGUCUUAAAAGGUUCGUGCUCAGUAUGGUAGAAAGCUUUCAAAACUUGUUUUUAAAAGACAAUCAUUUUUUUGUUUCUAUUUUCAUUUUCUUGUGGCAGACUGUACCAGAAAAGCAGCAUGUCAAAAAUACUUUAUGUUCUAUAUACAACUCUCUCGUUCUUUCUCUUCUCUCUUUCUCCUUUUCUUCCUUCCUUCCUCCCUCCCUCCCUUCCUUCCUUUCCUUUCUUUUUUUUUUUGUUAUAAAGAUUCAUUAUUUAUUUUACCUUUUGCUGACAACGUGAAACUCGCCUAAAAUGUUCUCUUUUUAAAUAUACAGCUGUAAACUGUUCAAAGUAACCAUAAAAAACUAGGUGUUAUUUAUUAACAUAAAAUAAUGUUUGAUGCAGUAUGUGCUUGUCUUAUUUAAAACUGGAAUGUGAGACAUGUUGCUGUGACUCUUUUCUCAUUCACAUUUGUAGAUAUUGUGUGAACUACAGUAUAUAAUGAUAAUAAUUAAAAGGAUAUUAUGUGAAUGUCACAUACAUUUUGAAAUGAUAGAACUAUAUUAGCUUUGUAUUAUGUUUGGAUAAUUCAUCAAUGUUCACAGUUUAAAACAUCAUUAAACAUUAUGUAAUUAGCAAUGAGAAAGAAUCUUACCUAACUUAAAUUUGGGAUGUUCCCUAUCUCUUUUCUGGAUACAUUAUAAUUCUGGACCCCUAUUCAUCUCAAAACUCUUAACAUAUGCAGACCAACAGGUUUUCGCAUUCCUUUUAAAUACCUGGUUGUGACAGAGCUCGUUGUUGAUCAGAUUCACUGUUUCGUUCAUAUUUAUUGUAAUAUAUUUUUUGUUUUGUAAAUAUGUUACACCAACAAAAUGUGAUUGGUCUAAAAUAUUUGUAAUGUAUAUUAAAAGGCUCAAAAAUAUUUGUAGAAAUGUAAGUUAUAUUUGCAUUCAUGGGAAUAUGAUGACAAGCUUGAAUCAUACCUUCUGAUUCACUUUUAAGAAAAGUUAUGGAGAAAGAAUAUGAAAAGCAUAUAAUACAUUUGCACCAAAACAUGAUCUGGCAGGGCUUCUUGGUUUAUACUUUAACCACCCCCCAUUGCCACCCUUGCCCCCAUUACACAGACACACUUUUUUUUUUUUUUUUUUUACAGACACACUUGAUCAUGCUGCAUGAAUGCUAUGUUUCAAAAAGAAUCAGCAUAGAAAUCCUGGUGUUCUAGCUAGGAUAUUAAUUCAUUUGUGUGCUGAGGCAAAGGGAUUGAUCCUGGGAGUCUGAGACUUUGUCAUAGAAAACAGAUCGUUUAGGUGUUUAAGAAGAGAAGCAGCAUGUUCAUUUGGAAGCAGAUGUUGCAAGUCAAAAGCAUUUGAACUAUCAGCGUUGUGUCUCUGUCUGGAAGAACGUUCAAGUUAGACCCUAAUGAUGCUGAUGAAACACUUAUUGUAUAAGAAAUGAACAUGCAAGUUGAAUUCCAGAACCAGCCAUCGCAGCAACAGGACAGUUUCCCUGCUGGAAACAUCUAUUGGGGAAUUUAGGUCAAGUAGACAGGUUUUGGUUGUUCUAUACAUAAACCAUGGUGUUUCAGCAUAAUGGUACAAUGUUGGUUUGAGACCAAAAGACUGGGUUUGAAUCCUGGUUUUUCCACUUAAGGACUGCUAUAUUGGGCAAAUUGCUUAAACUCGCUAAAUCUUAAUUUUAUUGCUUGUAAAACAGAGACAAUUCUAGCAACCCUGCAAUGGAGGAAUUAGGGAUUGUGUAUAUAAACUGUCCCUAAUCAAGUGGGUAGGUACUCACUAAAUAGUAGCUACUGUUAUUGUUACUGAGAGUCGAUAAAACAAAGUAUCACUGCAGGUCGGUACUGGGGCUGGAAUUACACUGAAACCUCAGGUGGUAGGGAGUGGAUAACAUGCGUGGGAAAAGGCAGCCAGAAGUAAAAUGUCCCUUAGCCCUUUUUUCUAUCUCCCUGGGCUGACAGAGAUCUGUUUGCAUACAAUGGCGGACUUACAUUGUAGGUUCUGUAAAGGGAGUGGCUAUGUGUAAAAAAGUGGUGGUGAAGAUUGAGGAAGGAAAAUUAACA